AUGGCGGACGACACAGGAGACUGGUCCCUCUACCCCUACGACCCCAACAAAGGCGCUCCCAUAGCCUUCGCCAUCAUCAUAGCAGUCGUCGGCAUCUACCAAAUCUACCAAUCCUUCUUCCUCUACCACUGGCCCAAAUUCGGCAGCACUAUGGCCUGGGCCUCCUCAGUCUGGCUAGCAGGUUUCAUCUGCCGCAGUAUCUCAAUUCGCUCGCCACAAAACGUCGGAGUCUUCAUCGCACAAUACGUCUUAGUUCUGAUAGGACCGCCUCUCUACGCCGCUGCAGAGUACUUCAUCCUCUCCCGCCUCCUCUCCUACCUCCCCUACCACACCCCGAUCCACCCAGGCCGCGUCUUCAGCACCUUCGUCCUCCUCUCCACCAUUGUCGAAACUCUCACAGGCUCCGGUGCCGGGAAUUCAGCAGGCUCCGGCCGCACCGAAGCUCAACGCUCCGUCGGCUUGAACCUCCUCAAAGCAGCUCUGAUCCUCCAAUGCUUCAUCGAAGCCCUCUUCUUCUCCCUGGUCGUAUUGGUAGAGCGCCGCUGCCGGAGGGCCGGGAUCUUCCCAAAGAGAGUCAGAACGGUGUGCUGCGUGCUCUAUGUAACGAGUGCGAUGAUCUUCGUGCGGUGUGUGGUGAGGACCGUCGAGGGGUUUGAGGCGGGGAGGUGUGAGGCGGGGAGGGAGGAUCCGUAUUGUGGUCCUGUGAGUAGGAAUGAGUGGUUUCUUUGGACGUUUGAGGUGGCAAAUAUCACGCUGUUUGUUAUCCUACUGAGUCUAUUUCAUCCUGGGCGAUUCUUGCCGAAGGAUAAUAAGGUGUUUCUGGAUCCUCAUGAUGGGAAGACGGAGAGGAUUGGGCCGGGGUUUAGCAAGGCUGAUUCAAGAGCUUUUUGGGCGACGGUGGUCGAUCCGUUCAACCUUACGGGGAUCUUGAGCGGGAAAGGCAUGGUGCUGAACAAGUUCUGGGAGGAGGCCCAGCCGGUGUACACGGGCGACGAUGCCACUGCUGCAGACGAUCAGCCUUUCGUCGUUUCUCAGGCAGCAAAGCAUGAUCAGACAGUUUGA